AUGUCUAGCUUGUUGGCCUACAGCGACAAGUCAUCCAUUUCACCAAUACCUACACCCAUUCACAAAAUACCAGAUGCUCUCAAUAUUGAUGGCGUCGUGAAUCCAGAAACAUUGAAUGCACAUCUCAGUCUACUUAUCAAAUUUAAGGCUUUGGAACAGAAUGUUCCUUCAAUUGACAUGUGCUACCUCCUACGUGCUCAGGAAAGGUAUAUUCUCUGGUUGCAGCUUUUGGAAAAAUACAGCGCAAAAUGUGAAAAGGAUUUUAUUCCCGUUCCCACUAUCG